AAAUAACUGUGUCUGUUUCUGUGUGUUACAGAGUGUGCGCGCGCGCACAUUGGGUCCAGCGCGAACUGGUCCAGCUCUCCGCGGGGGCGGCAGCGGUCGCACGUCAAACAUCAGCGACCCGCGCAUGCCAUCGUAGGGAUUGAGGGCUCCUGAGAUUUUUUUUUUUUAGCGGUGCGGGGUUUGACCCAUCAUACAGGAGGGCGCUCGAGCUCCAUCUUUUACACGCACUUAACGCGCACGCACAUAAACCCGGUGAAAUCGUCACGCGGACAGAAUCUGUGGAAUCUGUUGCGAUUGUUCCCUUCGCGGCCGGAGAGCAUCCCCGGCAGAGCGCGAGGUCCGGGCGGUCAGUCAGUCUGCGUGGGUCGGUGGUACAACGUGGAGGGGAAGGGGGACGUAUAGGCAGGAAUUUGCACUGGACUCCUGGCCGAAUCGGAGCAUCCCAGACCAUCCCUCUGCGCCCCAGCUCCAGCGGGAGGCCGGGAGCGACGGCAGGAUGUAGCAGAGGAUUAACGGAGGAGAGAGGGGCGCUCAGUGGAAGAGAGCUGGACCGAGCGGACCGGGGUGGGACAGAGGGGACAUGGGGAAGGACCAGGAGCUGCUCCAGGCCGUGAAGACCGAGGACUUGCUGACAGCUCAGCGGCUUCUACAGAGACCACGGCCAGGAAAAGCCAAGCUCCUUGGAGCAGCAAAGCGGGUCAAUGUCAACAUCCAGGAUGCAGAUGGGCUGUCACCUUUGCACCAUGCUGCUCUAAGUGGUAACAAGGAGCUGAUCUCUUUGCUGUUGGAAGCCCAGGCUGCAGUGGAUAUCAAAGAUAAUAAAGGAAUGCGUCCUCUGCAUUAUGCUGCAUGGCAGGGGAAGACUGAACCAAUGAAAAUGCUGCUGAAGGCAGGCUCAUCAGUCAACGGACAGUCAGAUGAAGGACAGAUCCCUCUGCACCUGUCAGCUCAGCAUGGACACUACGAUGGGUCAGAGAUGCUGCUACAACACCAGUCCAAUCCGUGUAUCUCUGAUACGGCGGGAAAAACUCCUCUGGACCUUGCUUGUGAAUUUGGACGUGUUGGAGUGGUUCAACUCCUUCUCAGCAGCAACAUGUGUGCAGCCAUGAUAGAACCAAAACCUUCUGACCCCAACGGAGUGUCACCUCUGCAUCUCGCGGCUAAGAAUGGACAUAUAGAAGUUAUACGGUUGCUGAUUCAGGCUGGUAUAGAUAUCAACAGACAGUCGGAGUGUGGCACAGCACUUCAUCAAGCUGCCCUCUGUGGGAAGACAGAUGUAGUGCGUCUGCUGCUAGAUAGUGGCAUCAGUGCAGGAGUGAGGAACACACUGAGUCAAACUGCCCUGGACAUUGUUAACCAGUUUACCACCACACAGGCCAGCCGUGAAAUCAAACAGUUACUGAGAGAUGCCUCAGCUGCAAUGCAGGUUCGAGCGCUGAAGGAUUACUGCAACAACUAUGACCUUACCAGCCUGAACAUCAAAGCUGGAGACAUCAUUACGGUUUUGGAGCAGCACUCUGACGGCCGAUGGAAAGGCUGUAUUCAUGACAACCGCACUGGAAAUGACCGUGUGGGCUACUUCCCCUCUAACAUGGUGGAGGUCAUCAAGAGGGCAGGUUCACGGCCUGCAGAGCUGAGUCCUCAAGGCUCUCCCACUUUAGGACAUCAGAGCAGCACCAGUGAGGACAUAUGGGUGCUGCGCAAACCACUGGCAGGUGGUGAGCGCAGCGGCAGCGUGGGCAGCCUCGGCAGUGUUCGGUCAUCAAGCAGCCUUCAGAGCUCUGGAAACACGCAUGUUCUGACCACACCUGCACCUAGUCCUCACCCAGCACCCACACCAGGGGUCAACACUCAUGGCCUUAAUGCUCCAGGCCUGCACGCACAAGCAGAGGGAGUAAAGCUCUUGGCCACUGUGCUGUCUCAGUCAGUAAAAGCCAAGGAGCAUCUCCUGGAGCAGUCGCACUCUGUUGAGCAGUCAACAAGUUCCUCUGGCUGCACAGUUCAUGAGCAGCGGUCAUUUGAGCGGAAGGCAGAGGAGGAUGACGUGCGAAAGCAGGCAGUAGUGACGUGGCUGGGUGACUUUCAGCUGCAGUUCUACACCACCCACUUCCUCACCGCGGGAUAUGAUCUAGACACCAUUAGCUGCAUGACCCCUGAGGACCUGACAGCAAUUGGGGUCAUGAAGCCUGGACAUCGAAAGAAGUUAACAUCAGAGAUCAGCAAGUUGCCCUCCACAGACUGGCUGCCCGACCACAAACCCGCAAACCUGGCAGAUUGGCUGUCUCACCUGGGCCUCAGCCAGUACUACCAAGUUCUUGUUCAGAAUGGGUAUGAAAACAUUGACUUUGUCUCUGAUAUCAGCCUUGAAGAUCUACAAGAGAUUGGCAUCACUAAGCUUGGACAUCAAAAGAAGAUGAUGAUGGGAGUAAAGAGAUUGAAGGAGCUGCAGAGAGGAGAAAGUGGUUCUGAGCCUCCUCAAAGCUCCUCCUCACCUCCAACCAGCCCAGGUGGCAGCACCUCCUCUGAGCCUCGUAGAGAGGCAAGGAGACAAAGGGAUGGAGCCCCCAGCCCACUGGCUAAACCUCGCCCAGGUCUCACACAUUCACAGACCCCACCCCACACACCGGCCCAGACCCCACCACAAACUCCUCCACAUGCCCGUACCCAGCAGGCUUCCCCUAGGGCUCGGCCACGACCCUCCACCCAGAUGACCACUGCAGAUAUGCCAGUACCGCUACUGCGGCUGCCAUGUGAGGAGGAAGAGCGACGGAGAACUCACAGUCUCAUUGGCUCAGAAUCAGACUCUAAAUAUGCCACCGUUUGCCGCAGCAGCUCUACACAUACUGCAGUUCCUAAUGAUGUCACUGUUAACCGCAGCCAGUCAUCUGUUACUCUCCGUCCACGUCGAAAAGGUCGACCCCCAACACCGCCAAAGCGUUCCUGUUCUUCCAUUACGGGGGGCGACGGGGAGGGAGAGGGACAGGGAGAUGGGCUGCUAGGGAUACCAACUUUUCGAGAGCGGCGAGCCAGUGAUGGUGGCAGCCUGGGAGCAGCUUUAAGAGCUCAGGAGUCCGCAGGCCUUGAGAGAUCAGAGGGUGCUUCUGGGAGUGUUCGCAGCCUUGCAGCCAUGCUGGAAACAUCCAUUGUCCAGAAAAAUCCAGGAAGCAGCACCAACUACCUGCAGGCGAGUCCACCACUACUUCGUCGCCAGCCAGGUGCAGGAGGUCUUGGAUCUGAGGAUGAUGAUGUUGUGAGUCGACGCAGAACCAUCAGUGGGCUUGAAAGUCUACCUGGUGAUCACACUGAACAGUUACCUCGACAAACAGCCCAGCAGCGUCCAGAGCCACGACCCCGCUCCACCGUGGUCACCUCAGCAAAUGAGAACGCAGAUGGUACAGCAACACUCAGAAGACAGCCACGCCCAGUAGUGAAAGACUCUGACACACCUACCACUGUGGUUACCAUGACAACCGGCUCAGACACUAUACGCAGGAGACCACGCACAUCAGAGCAAACAGAAUGUGUCAUUCAAAGCAAUAUUCAGUCAAAUUCUCUAGUUAGUAGUCGGAAGAACGAUGGUGAGUUGCAGCAGAACGGCGGUGUAGUGCUAAGGAGAAGGCCAGUGUCCGAGGUGUCUGAGAGGACGGACUCCAGCAUAGAGAGCUGUGAGUGGAUGGAGGCCAGGAAGUCUCUGAAGCCCCCAGUCUCACCCAAACCCUCCACAGUCACUCAGAGGAAGAUGCAGGCUGAUCCUCCAACCCCAACACGCAGAGUUCCCAUACCCGGGCCUGAUAAUGCUGAGAUGGCACAGAGCCCUGAGCCGAAACGUGUCCCUCCUCCUGUAUCCCCAAAGCCACGUGGGCCUCCAACAGCUCCUAAACCAGGAAAAGCAACAGUAGCUUCAGCAACCAUGAGCCCUAGCCCUGCUGCUACCAGCCCAGCUGCUGCCAGUCCUACCCCAACCACCAAACCUUCCUCUCCGCCAACAUCUGCCCCACUUCCAGCUCCUCACACCCCUUCUGCUCCCUCGCUCUCCCCAGGACUCCCCCUAACUUCCCCCUCUCCCGCCCAAAGUCCCUCUACCCCCUCGCCCCACCCUGUCAAACCUCCCCGCACCUCCAUUGCUGGUCUCUCCAUUGACUUGCUAGGAGGGGAGGAAGAAGAGGAGAGGAGGAGAGAGGAAGAGGAGAGGAGGAAAGAGAGGGAACAAAAGAGGCAAACUGAAAUGGAGGGGGAUCAGAGGAGACUGGAGGAUAAGAACCUGAGGGAGCCUGAGAAGAAGUCUCUGAGGAGGGAAGGAGCAAAAGAAGAGGAAGAGAGUCAAGUAGAGGAAGUACAACAGGAGGAAGAGGUCCAGCAUCGUUUGGAGGAGACCAGUGCCUCCUUGGCUGCAGCUCUGCAGGCUGUUGAGCACAAGAUCAAAGAGGAGGACAGACAGAAUGACUCUCUUUCCAACAAAAAAGCAACGGUCUCCAUCCUGGAUGACAUCGGCAGCAUGUUUGAUGACUUGGCAGACCAACUGGAUGCAAUGCUGGACUGAUCUCUGCCCACAAUGCAUUUCCAACAAGCCCUCCCCACCUCCCUGUCAUGUGUGUGUGUGUAAGAAAACUCUCCCAAGGCUCAAUGAUGUUGUUCAGAGAGCAAGUGUUUGAGAGUGCGUCCCUCUUUUGUGAGCGCUUCCAAAGUAGCUGUGUACAGUUCUGAGGAGGGAGUCCUCUUUGUCUAGUGCAGUAGCUCUAGCUCCUCCUCCUGAUGCGAGGGGGCCACUCCCACACAACCUCUGACCUCUGCAGCCCAGCGUGUCACCGCCGCCCAGCCUCAGACAGCUGUGUGGACUGAGAAGCACAAUCAUUUUGCUGAUCCUUUUAUCUCUACAGACUCUGGCUAGGACAGACGAACUAAUUCAGUCUGACAGAGAGACAGACCGAUAAGCAUAUUGCUUGCAAAAAAAGCACAUUAAUUGUCUAACAGGCAGAUAGAUAGCUAGACACAUGCAGAUGAGACACCAGGGAGAAAUUUUAAAAGCACAUGAAACGACAGACUGGUUUCUGAGUCUGUUUCCCUCCUGCAAUGUCAAAAGGAUGCAUUUUUCCUGAUGAAUUGUAGCCUCUACUUCUCCUCUGCAUGAGUGGAGGAUAGUGGUUAGCUGGACUUCCUGACCUGUGUGUUGUCUCUGUUUAUAUUGUUGUUGUUGUUGUUGUUAUCGUUGGCAUUGUUGUUGUUACGAGCGUGCGUAGUCCCCUCUGAUACCCAUGUCAAUGUCCUCCCAAUCGUACAGUAGUCAUUCUGAAGAUCAGACAAAGUACAUAGAUGUGUGUCCAUGAAUUUUGAGACACUCACAAACAAGCGCACACACACACAUACACAUGGACAUUACAAUGGUUUAAAUAUUGCUGGUGUUUUGCUUUGUUGGUGUUUAGCUCCAUCUGUGGAGAUUUGCUUGGAAGUGAUUCUGUACACACACAGUACAUGACAAACACAUACAUUCAUGCAAGAAUACAUGUGCAAACACACUCAUGUGGUAUAUCCCUUUGUUCUGCUGCAGUGAAGUGUUUUCAAGAGAUACUCCUAUAUUACAAUGCUUUAUAUAGUACAUCCAGUACAUACACACAUAGUUCAUAAUAUACCUGGGAAUCUGAGCUGUUAGAGCGCCCUCUAUUGUUGGUUAGUGCAAUUGCCUUUAAUCUACUCCUUUCCUUCCCUGGUUUUCAUCUUCUUUUGCCUGUUUAGUUAACUUUGCAAAUCUCUGUGCCUUCGUAGUGUUCUUCAUAUAUUCUUUUUUUUUUUUCUUGUCUUCAACAAAAUUUUUAAUGGUUUUAAUGGUUUCUUACUAUCCUUAUGUGUCUAUGAUGUCAAAACUAGCUGUAUGAUCCUGAAAAUCAGUACCACUGUCUGCAACCUCCUGUAACUAUUGCAAAGCCUUGUAUGAGCUCAUUAAAGCCCCGCCCCCGUAAGUUAUAAUAAGUUGGUUCUGCUCCUCCUCGAGUCCCCAGUUUUCAGUGGCCCCCUCAUGUAAGCCAAGACAAUGGCUUAACCAACAGUUUUCAUCCCAGUGAAGAGUUCACUUGUAUUUUUAUGCUCUUUGAAAACAAAGAUAUAUUUGAGAGACAGAUAGCUCUAUGUGAAUAAUAAUAAUGAUAAUAAUAAUUAUGGUGAUGAGGAUGAUUCUAAACGCUGAGCAGAGGUGAGCUGAUUGAGCCUGUACAUUUAUGGUUGAGUUCUGGAUGUGUUGUGAUGGCUGUUGUGCCCAUGGUUGGGUUUAGGUUGUGUUUCUGCUGUGAAGAUGCAUUCCUGUACAGCUGUGAUCAGAAUAAAUGUAUAAAUUAAACCUUAAA